ACCCUUCAGGUUGCUAUGGCGCAACCUCCAUAGCAACGGCGCCGCUGAGAGCGAAAAAGUGGAAAUUCUGAGUUUUAAAUCGAUAACAUGCGCAAAAUGACAAAAGACAAAAGCGUCACCUUGAUAUAAAAAACAUGCAAGCAAUAAAAGUGAUCAAACCCAAGUCGGUGGAGGCCACGAGGACACCCCUCCAGAGAAACAAGCCGGUGAAGGUGAUGCAGGUGAACGCAGCGCGGAGGGAGCUCAAAAUUCCGGAGGUACGUGAAAGCCGCGCGGCCAGCUGCAAGCGGUGCCUGCAGAGAGGCCGGUGCGAGGCCAAGCUCAGCCGGGAAAGGAGGUCCAAGUCCGGCUGCAACGCUCCGAAGACCCCGGUGAACCAGCAGCACCGGAGGGCCACCAGCAGCUCUGUGAAGCCCCCGGCUGUCACCCCAAAAGCACCCCAGGAGAUGAGCACCUGCAGACCUGCAAGCCAGAGUAACAAAGCUUUCACCGUCAUCCCCCCGAACUCCAAGAAAAGAAGAGAGAUCCAAAAAAAGGCGGAGGCGGAGCUCGCCGCUUUAGAGGAGCUUCGGCUGAGCAGAGCGAUGGCUUAUGUCUCCAUCAACCCCAGCAGUGUUGGUGGGUGUUUGAGUCUGGAGGAAGUACGCUUGAAGCAGCAGCAGGAAAUGAUGCAAGCCAAGAGGAAACAGAAACCGGUGAGGAAGCAGGUGAUGGAGCAAACAGCUGUCCUGAAAGGCUGAGUCAGCUCUCCUCCCGUCUCUUCUGGCAGCUAAACUCGUGGUUUUAAACUGGAUUAACAUCACAUAUUUAAAUACUAAAUGUCAAUAAAACACGUACAGAAACACAGAAUUUAUAUACAAAGAGUGGAAUACAGAAAUAUAUAAGUUUUAUUACAGUUAAAUUAGUGUGUCUUAUAUAUUGUAUUUUGUAUAUAAAAUGUGUGUUAAGGGUUAGUUCUCUGCAAGUUACAAAUAAAAACAUAUUUUCUCUUU